AUAUUAUUAGGUAGUUGAAUUAAAUUCUGAGUUGCUACAGAACAUGAUGUCUUCACUGUUAAACAAUGUGUUGGCUGAAGAUUGUCGAAACCAAUGGUCCAUGUCUCGCCCAUUAUUGGUACUUAUAUUACUUUACGAAGAUUUUUAUCGCUCUUUGAAAGAAAGUAUUAUACGUGGACAACCCAUCGAAAAGCAGCAGACGAUGGCGCAGUGGUUUGAAGAUUUGAUGCUUGGUAUUGAGCGUAAUGUGUCCAGUAAAAACAAAGAAAAGUUUACACAGAAUUUAUCGACUUUUCGACGAGAUGUUGCUAACCUACCAAAAUCAACAACAUAUUCGACAGGUAUGUAUAAAAUCUUCAAAAUUAAGGAAAUCUACUUUUAA